GUAUGUACCUUCAAAAUGUUAGAUAUCCACAGAAAGAGGAUGGAGAAGGACCUUCUAGAGCUGCAGACUCUGAUUGAUGUCCACUUUGAGCAGAGAAAAAAGGAGGAAGAAGAGCUGAUUGGACUCAAAGAAAGGAUUGAGAGUCGCCGAGCAGAACGAGCAGAGCAGCAGCGUGUGAGAGCUGAAAAAGAGCGGGACAGACAGACACGGAUUGCUGAGGAGAGACAGAGAAAAGAGGACGAGGAGGCCAAAAAGAGAGCAGAUGAUGAGGCAAAGAAGAAAAAAGUGCUCUCCAACAUGGGAGCUCACUUUGGAGGGUUCUUAGCCAAGGUGGAGCAGAGACGAGGCAAAAAGCAAACUGCGAGGGAAAUCAAGAAGAAGACUUUGUCAGAGAGACGCAAGCCACUAGCCAUUGAGAACCUGCGGGAAGACGGCCUGAGAGAACGAGCCAAGGAGAUGUGGGAGUGGAUCUACCAGCUGGAGUCAGAGAAAUUCGACCUGACCGAGAAGAUGAGGAGGCAGAAGUAUGAGAUCAACGUCCUCCUGAACAGAAUCCAACAUGCUCAGAAAUUCAAAAAGGGCCAUGGGAAGGGGAAGGUUGGAGGUCGCUGGAAGUAA